CGUCUAGAGAGGAGGACAAGCAGCAGGAGGAAAAGCGCAGCAGGCGGCGAGAGACUGGACCUUUGGAUCUGCUGCUGCCGCCGCCCCGGAGACGGAGCAAGUGGCCCUGAUCCUGCAUGCAUUUGGCACAACAACGGCGCCGAGGACGGUCCUGCAGCCCGCCAGAAGGGAUUCCCCCCGCCCCGCCUUCCCCUUGCAAACUUCCCUGGGAGGGGCCAACUUUUCUAAGAAGAAAAUCCAGCGUUUGGUCAAGACCAUGGUUUAGGACCAGGAGCCGGGGAGAAAUGUGAGGGCGUUCCUGUCCUGACCCCGGCGAGCGACCCUAACCGAGAGCAAGAUGGACUUCAAGACGGAGGCAGCUUUGGGGUCCGAAGUGCCCCCUGAAUCCCUGGAGCCUCCCCCCAUGGAACUGGAGGAGAGCCCAGGGCCACAGGGAGUGGCCCCCUCUGAGGCUGGGGAGGACCUGGUCUUCAUACAGCUGCCACCAAGCCGCUCGGAGGCUCCCCCGGCACGGCAGGUCAGAGAGAUUGGCGAACCUGGGCAUCGCGACCCGGAGGCAGCUGAGAUUCAGAGUGGCCUGGAGUGCACGGAGAGGCCAGCGUGGCGUUUGGACUCCCGAGACGCCCAGCGGGCCACAGAAGAGGGCGCUGAGGAGAGCAGCAGGAGCCCAAAGAUGGGAGCGGCAGGAGAAGCUGCCGAGGCUGCAGCCCGCGAACCCGGAACUGCCCGGUGGGCCAGGAAUCCCUACGAGGAAGCCCCGGCGGCAGCGGUGGAGAGCGGCCUGCAGGCCCAGGCCGGGGUCAGCCAGGGCGAGCUGAUGAUGGAGUUGGAGGAGGGCGAGGCGGCGGCGGCGGCGGCGGACGCCCCCGAGGCAGACCAGCCUCCGCUCCAAGACCUCCUGGCCCGGCUGCAAAGACUCAGCCCCACCUUCCGGGACAGUUCGCCCACCUCGGAGGACGCCCUGCUGCCCGCCUCGGACGGAGAGGAGGGGGGCCACGGCUUGGGGGAAGUCCGAGCCCCGCUCCUGGAGCCGGCUGCCCCGGACGAGCGCCCCCCCUGCCCGCUGCACGUCGCCAUGGGGCACGGCUUGGGAGCGGCUUCCCGCCGCUUCCUGCGGCCCGCCCAGAGGCGGAAGGGCCCGGGGAGCCACGGCUUGCUCUCCGCCGAGGCCGACCGGGAGGACUUGCUGAGUCUCCUGCGCUACGAAGGGGGCCCCCCCCUGGAGCCGGACAGCCCGACCCCCCUGGCCUGCUCGGAUGCUGUAGCCGGGGCCAGCUGCCAGGCGGGCCAGCCCCGAGCGAGGGCCGUGGCCACGGAGGAGACGCCGCCGCCGCCGCCCGAGGGGGCUCCCGGGCCCGUCCCUGGUGGCGAGGGCAGGGGGAGGGCCAAGGGGCCCUGCCGGUGGUUCCCGCGAGGAGCGGGGGCCGGGGCUCAAGCCUCCUCCUCGGACUCCAGCCUGGAAGUCAACAGUUGGGAGACCCCCCCAGCAGCAGCAGCAGCAGCAGCAGCGGAGCCCGGCGGGACGGCAGAGGAGCCCGGCUCAUCCAGCCGCAGGGAAGAGCCCCCUCUGAGCGCGGCCGUGGCUAAUAAAACGGACCUGUCUUCCUUCCCAGCGUACAAAGAAGUGCCAGGCCCUUGCGAGCCGGAGGACCUGCUGGAUGGCGUGAUCUUUGGGGCCAAAUACCUGGGCUCCACGCAGCUGGUCUCGGAGAGGAACCCCCCCACUGGUGUCCGCAUGGCCCAGGCCCAAGAAGCUGUGGACAGGGUUAAGGCUCCGGAGGGAGAAUCCCAGCCCAUGACGGAGGUGGACCUUUUUGUCUCCACGCAGCGGAUCAAAGUCCUCCUGCUCGACUCCCAGGAAGCUCUGAUGGACCACCCCCUCCAGACCAUCUCCUACAUUGCCGACAUCGGGAAUAUCGUGGUGCUGAUGGCGCGUCGGAAACUCCCUCGCCGGGGAGAUGCUUCCACGGAGAAACCGCUCUACAAGAUGAUUUGCCACGUCUUCCACUCUGCUGACGCCCAGCUCAUCGCCCAAGCCAUUGGGCAGGCCUUCAGCGUGGCUUACCAGCAUUUCCUGCAUGCCAGCGGCAUUGACCCCAGCUGGCUCCAUCCCCGAAGGUGUGAUGCAGAGGAGGAGGAGGACGACGACGAAGCCCUGCCCAAAGGGGAGGAAUUGUACAACGGAGAUCUCGCUCACUUCUCCAAGCAAGAGAACUGCAAGGAGGUCGUUCUCCAUAAACAGAAGGGGGAAAUUCUGGGGGUGGUGAUUGUUGAGUCCGGCUGGGGCUCCAUCCUGCCCACGGUGGUCAUUGCGAAUCUCAUGCACAGAGGGGCGGCCGAGCGGUCGGGCAAGUUGAGCAUUGGAGACCGGAUCAUGUCCGUCAACGGGACCAGCCUGGUGGGCUUGCCCUUGGGGGCGUGUCAGAACAUCAUCCGGGAUUUGAAAAACCAGACUGAGGUGACCCUGAAUGUGGUGCACUGCCCCCCCGUUACGACAGCCAUUGUUCGGAGGCCCGACACAAAAUAUCCUCUGGGAUUCUGCGUGGAAAAUGGCAUUAUCUGCAGCCUGAUGCGCGGCGGCAUCGCGGAGCGGGGCGGCAUCCGUGUGGGGCACCGCAUCAUCGAGAUCAACGGGCAGAGCGUGGUGGCCAUGCCACACGAGAAGAUCAUCCAGAUCCUCACGCAGGCCGUCAGCGAGGUCCACAUCAAAACGAUGCCGGCCUCCACGUAUCGCCUUCUGACAGGCCAGGAGCAACCGGUCUUUCUCUGAGGGGAAGAAGGGUUGGGGGGGGUCUCAGCCCUGCCUCUCCUUGUUUCCCACACGCUCCACACCCGUUUCCCAUCCAAAGCUAAACUCUGCAAGGAAGUCUCCCUUCUCAGCGUGGUGCGGAUGGCGGCGUGAUCUGUGGACGUUUACCUCUUUUUCCUGGACGAGAGGAGCAACGUUUUUUGCAUGGUUUUGUUCAAGUGGGGUGGGUUGCUGCACUUUAGCUUUAAACUGGCGUGUCCAGGCACCUCAUCCUGUGCAUUUUGCGUUGCGUCAGAACCCCUCCCUCCGUUCCCAUCUAGCCCAGUGUGAAGUGGUAGAGUCUUGAGACGGAAGCACUUUGUGUGGGCGGUACGGUGGUUUUAUUCAUGUUCCCCUACAGCAGGGGUUUGCAAACAUGUUGGACUACAAUUCCGAUCAUCCCCUGCCACGAUGGCCAAAGGCCAUCGUGGCAGGGGAUAAUGGGGGUUGUAGUCCAGCUGGGGACCUACGGUUGAGAAACCCUGCCCUAAAAUGCCCUGCUCAUAAAGAGUUGCAUAUCCUUUCCCCCUAGCUUUCUGCUUGCAGGGAUUUUUGAUUGAAAAAGGUGAAACCUUCAAAAACAGUACCUCCCACUGUCCUAGUCGUAGUCCACUGCUACCUCACCCCUGUCGCCUUUUCCCGAGGAGUGCAACGGACCAGUUCUUGCUCCUUCCUUGUCCACAUCCAAAGUUUGUAGGGGGCUUGCCCGCCCACCUUGCUUGCUUGACAUGGUACCAAACACAGCCUCCUGGGAGCUUUUCACACAAGUGGGAUGCUUGCAGGAUGCCGAUACACACACACGACUUGGAGGCGGAAUGAGGAACUGACUGCUUCCAGGUCACACUCCAACAACAGAUGUGAUGCUACUUUCUUCCUGGAUUGGAUCACUUCUAGAUAAAAGAUGUGAGAAUCUCCUGCAACUCUCUCUCUUCCUCCAAUAUGCUGGUUUUGUAGUUCUGGUCCUCCAAGGCAUAGAGGAGGGUGGCUAGAAGGGAGAUCUUUGUCACUGGUGGCCCACUGAGUGCCUGCUGGUUGUAGACAUUCUUCCGAUGCAGCAAGACACGUUUUCCGUUAAGAAAGAGUUAAGUAUUUCGGCUCACAGAACGGAGAUUACCCGAAUUGUGCGGCAAUAAGUAUGCACUCUUGCUUCGUAAAUUGAAGACUUCGAUGGACUGCGGGCUGGGAUAACCCCAGAGCAGGGCUGAAGACUGCAGCAAUCACUACUUAUUGACUGUGGAAGAUGGGAGCAGAACAGCCCCCCUUUCCUAAGUCAUUUGAAAUACCCAGGAGGGCUCAAGCACCGUGCUGUCAUCGUGGCUUCUGCAGCCCGCCUUCCUCCUGCCUGUCCGCCCCAGCUGAGGGCAAAGUAUUUUAUUUACACACACACACUCACAAAAAAUCUGCUACCUCUUAAAACUGGAGGGAACAGCAAUAAAAGUGGUUGGGGUUCUGCCGAA